AACGUUGAGGGUGCUCCGCCGCCGAUCAGCGGCGGCUGGGCCAUGUCGGCGCUGGAGUGGUUCGCGCACAAGCCCCUGGGCGGCGGCAUCUUCUGGAUCCAGGAGCGCUUCUACGAGUCCGGCAACCGGGCCAACAUCUGGCUGGUGCGGGGCUCGCAGCGGGACGUGGUGAUCGACGCCGGGCUGGGGCUGCGCAGCCUGCCCGACUACCUGCGCGACUCCGGGCUGCUGGCGCCGGCCGAGGGCGCUGGGCCGCGGCCGCUGCUGGCCGUGGCCACGCACGUCCACUUCGACCACUCGGGUGGGCUGCAGCACUUCGAGGAGGUGGCGGUGCACAGCGCCGAGGCGGCCGCGCUGCUGCGCGGGGACAACUAUGAGGCCGUGACGUGGCUGUCGGACCGGGAGGUGGCGCGGCCGCCGCAGCCCGGCUGGAGCGCGCGGCAGUUCCGCGUCCCGCCCGUGCGGCCCAGCCGCCUCCUGCAGGAAGGGGAUGUGAUCAGCCUUGGAGAUCGACAGCUCACUGUCAUGCACAUGCCUGGUCAUUCCAGGGGCAGUAUUUGCUUACAUGACAAGGACAGGAAGAUUCUGUUCAGUGGGGACGUGGUGUAUGAUGGAUCCAUGAUUGACUGGCUGCCCUACAGUAGAAUCAGUGACUAUGUUGCAAGCUGCCAGCGCCUUAUGGAGUUAGUGGACAGAGGACUUGUGGAGAAGGUACUACCCGGGCACUUUAACAUAUUUGGGGCAGAAAGGCUGUACCGGUUAGCUUCCAACUACAUCUCCCAGGCUGGAGUUUGUCACAAGAUUUCUGCCUGUGCCAUGAGAUCCAUUGCGAGCAUAGCACUUCGCAUUACAAAUUCGAGAAUCACUUCUCAGUGACAGUCAGUUUUGUGUGAUUUGUUACCUUCUGUAAAAUGAAAUGGCUUGUGAAAGCAUCGAUACAAGCAAAAGCAGUAUGCAUUAGCAAAAAGAUGGUAAAUUGAUACAGGUGAGCUGCAAAAAUUCUCCUUAUUUUUACCUCCUUUAUUUAUAUUUUUAUAAAAACUAUGUAAGCUAGUAGCGUUAGCCAAAGCUACUUUUUGUUCUAUUUUUUCAGGGCACUUUUGCACAUGUAUUGUGAUUGAAAUAUGUUACUUUAUUUUUGUUACAAUUCUGACAGAUGGAUUUAUGCCAAAAUGGGAGGUUUGACAUUCACACCUGAAACCUUGUUGAUGUAGUACUAGGUUUGUGAUUAGUCAUCAACUCCUGCUCAGGUUUUGCUAAUAGAGCUCUUGCUAAGACCUAGCAUAUGCUGGAAGCAACACCAUUAGGACAAAGCAAGAGCAACACCUGUGCAGGACUCAGUAGGCAGAAAGAGGACAUGGGCCAUCCCACAGCCAUUGCCACUUGUGGGGUGGUGUUUGCUGCACCCCUCAUCACUUGCAUCUUUAUCUUUGCAAAGUACCUGUCUUGCAGUUUCUUUAGAAUACACUAACAUACGGAAAUUCUAUAGACCAAACUUCCAAGCUGGAAGUCAGAGAUACAUCAGCUUAUCUAAAAAGUUUUUGGUGCAGGUCCAACAGCAGAUGGACUUGUUGAGGCCUUCAUGUUUCCUGGUGUGGUGCAAGGAACCAGCUGCACCAGGAGAGAGGAGCAAGCAGGAGCACUCUCGCCAUUAGCUAGGGAACUGUUUUGCUUGUACGUGUGUGAGUUAGGAAUUAGAGAAUUUGUGAACUCAUGAAUUAAUGUGUUAGACUAGCCUAUACAAAGCAGAUUGAGCCUUUUCUUGAUGUGCUUAUUUUUUUUCUGAUGAGCUCAUAAAAGUACUUAUAGAAUAUGUUGGUUUGGAAGUUUGAGAGAACUGGACUGUGACAGGCUUAAAGGUUUUAUUUGUGCUUAAGAGUAUUUUUAUGUGACUGUAUUGUAACUUGGUUGUUGAUGAUCUUUGUUAGGGGAAGGAUGGAGGCUUUCACAUGGCCUUGCUAUAUUCCAGGGUACUGCAUGAAGCAGCUGGUUGACUUUGUUACCACGAAGUGAAUGUAAUUUGAACUGUUUAGUGUUUGUGUCUGAAGUGUGUUUGUAUCUGCACAUGGUUUUUAUGAAACGUAAAGUGUGUUGCAUUUGAGUCUGUUCCAAAACAAUGUUGAAUACAUUGAGAACUGCUAAACUAGAUUGUAACUUGUUUAUGAAAAUUGAAUGUGUGAUAUUUAUAAGCUGUUGAAAUGGUUAGUUUGUGCAAUUAUUCAAACAGUCUAUAUAUAUUUAACUUUUUUAAAAGGACGCUGUCUGAUGUUAUUUUUGUACAUAGACAUAUAUAUGUUCCUAGAAAGAGUGCAAAUGUUUCUCCCAAAGUUUAGUGCAGUUUAGCCUUUUUUGUUUGGCUUUCACUUUAGCAGAAACUUUUUCCCCCCAUUAUAGCCAAUAGAAAGGGAGCCCAGAGUUUGGGCUCUUUCUAAGGCAUGGCGGAGAGGAAGCUGAUAGCCCUCUGAAUAGGUGCAAAUUCUGGUGAAAAAAGAAAAACAAUUGCAAAAUAAAAAACAGAUCUGUCUAAAAAUGAUGAAAGAGAAUAUGUUAUGUAGUGCUUUUUCCCUUUCACAGAUCACUACACUCCUGCCUUUACGGUCUGAAUAUAUUCUUCACCAGGAUUUGUACUGAUUGGCUGUGAUGUGCCUAGUUCUUGUUAGCAGUGCCUAUCUCCAAGCUGAAGCAAAAUUAUGAGUGGGCGAGACGUGCAGAGAUGCAGCACAUGAAAGACCUGUUAUCACUCAGAUCACAGUCUCUUUUUUUUUUUUUUUGAGAAAUCCAUGUACAUCAGUGUAUGACAUGAGGAGAAUUUAGUGGGUAAAUUUAUGUCUUAAAACCAAGAGCAUUUUAUCUUGGCCUCAGCUGACCAGAGUAAAAAAAAGUUAGCCUAGAACAGGCUGAGGAAAUACGUAGCACUAAAGCUUAUGCUAGUUAUCCAGAGGAAGCCAUGAUGUCACGUGUUACCCAACAGUAACUGAAUUCCUGCAAAUUAUCCAUCUGCGGUGUAACACUAGUAAUAAUUGUGCUCUAUGCUUUUGUGAAGGCUGUAGGAGCACUGGAGAUAACCCUGUGCAGUAUGGCAGACAGACAGAACUCUUGUGUCACAAAGCCUGCCAGUAUGGAUGUCAGUUGCUAAAAUUUUGCAGACAUUCAUUAGGAGAGUGAGAUCACUUUGAAUUGGUAUUCAGUAUUAUACCACUAUAAAUUUGUUUGUUUCAUCCAAUAUUAGAAUCUCUGUAGCCAGAUUUUACUGUAUUGUACAGCCUGAGCUGCUAUGAGAAGACGCGUAGGCAUGUAAAUUCAAAAGGACAGAUAACCUCCAUCGUCUGUCGUUUGUGUUUAAUUCUCUGCUCAGUAUCUCUAUUAGCUAAGAUCUUUAAAUGUCUAGAUCACUGUAAAAAUGCCCCGUUAAGCUGUGCUUAACUCCGUGAAGUAUAUGUUCAUAACCAAAAUUGCCUGGACUUUUUUGUUUACCAAAAUCUAGGGGAUAAUUUUCUAGCUCAGAAGUGAGCUUUACAUGCACAUAACCCAAAACAGAGCUUGUUAGUAAGCUGCUGCUAUAAUCCAAAUGAAAGUAGUUUUUGAGGGUCAGUAAAUUAUUUUUUGUAUUAUAAGGAAUUCACUACUAGAUAAACGGUAUGUCUUAACUAAAAAGGACUGUGAUUAUUUUUGUUAAGACUUAGGAAAUUUUAGUCAUAAGAGUUUGACAGUGGUCCUUUAACACUGCUUGGAGUAAAUAUUUAAAUCAUGCAUUGUAAUUUUAAAUAUUGCAACAUCUUAAGCAUUUAGAACUGUGUUGAUUUCUUUGUAAAAUCCAACUGUAUGUUAAUACAGUUUUCAGUAGACUGGGGAAUUGACAUAAAAAUCAGAUGGGAAGUUUUGUUCUGUGAUCUGUCAAGACUUGUGAUGUUAAACAACAGUGUGCACAUAAAAAUUAAUUUUUUCAUAGAUUAUCAUAAUAAAAAUAUUAUAAUCCUA